AUGAAGAAGUGGGCACCGAUAGCGACUGAUGCCGAUGCAAUACGUCAAAAGCAAAGAAGGGAAACCAACAAAAAUGUUAAAAAUACGGAAAAGGACAGAAGAUUUAGUGUUACCUGCGACAAAAAAAGGAAAAGUAAUCCUUCCGUGAUUUCGAUAGGAAGGGUGGUAUUGGAAAGUCCCGAUUUUAUGGAAGAUGAAGUGGAAUUACAUUAUCUGGGAAAAAUGAAUUAUUCGUGUCAGUUUUGUCAUGCUAAACAUUUUGUUUCUGAAUUGCCCGGUGAUAAGAAGUAUAAUAGUUGCUGUCACACAGGUAAAGUACGUAUUUUGGAAGAUAAUUCUUAUCUGAAAGAGAUUCACGCAUUGAUCAACGGUAAUGAUGCAUAUAGUAAGAAUUUUGUGAAAAAUUUAAGAAGUUACAACAAUUACUUGGCAUUUGCAAGUUUUAGUGCUAAAUUAGACGCCUUCAGAAGUCGAGGUCCAUUUGUAUUCCGUAUAUGUGGACAAACCUAUCAUGAUACAUAUGCGCUUUAUCCAGAUGUCAAUGAAUCCCGUAAAUAUGGACAAUUAUAUAUUGUUGAUAACGAGAUCGCUACUAGAGUUCGUAUGCAACAUCCCGGCAAUAGUGGCUGCUUACCAGAGGUAUUGAGCCUAUUGGAUGACGUUAUACGCAGGGUCAAUCCAUACGCGAAGGCGUUUAAUAUGAUGUACGAGGUGGAAGGAAACGAAAAAUUGUUGUCCAAUUUAACCGGUUGUCCAGUUCGUGAAGUUCGAAUGUGGUUAAAGAGAGAUGACACAUUUGAUAAAAAUCUUUUCAACAUACCAACAUGCAAUGAAGUGGCAGUGGUGUUCGUUGCUGAAGAUGGAGAUCCUCCGUUACAAAGAGAUAUAUGUGUAUAUUCUAAAAGUAAGUGUCCUAUAAGUAUGUCAUCUCUGAGUCAACAUGUUGACCCUAUGACAUAUCCUCUCAUCUUUCCAUCCGCGUUGCAAUACUACAGCUUUAUGUUGAGCGACAGAGGCGGAUUUAAUCCAUGUCUGAGUAUGGGAAGUUUAUCCCAGCAAUAUAUUUUCGAUAUGUGGACGAAAGUUGAAAGUCAUUGUCUGUAUUUUAUAAGAGAUCAUUAA